AUGACCCGCACCCUGUGCUUCGGCUGCCCCUUCCUCCUCCUGCUGCUGCUGCUGUCCUUCUCCUGUCCCGCUCGUGCUGAACCUCGACGGUCAACGUCCCCUCAGCGCAGGGCGGCGCGCGCACCGGCCGCCAAGGUGCGUUUGGCGGGUAACUUUCCUCGAGAACCUAACGAGGGGCGUGUGGAGGUGCUGCACAACAACACCUGGGGGACCGUCUGCGAUGAUGAAGUGAACAUCAAACUGGCCAACGUGGUGUGCCGAGAGCUGGGUUACCAGAGCGGUAUAACGUGGGCACACAGCGCACAGUACGGAGAAGGAGAAGGCCCAAUCUGGAUGGAUAAUGUACACUGUGACGGCACAGAGAAGUCCCUGAAGGACUGCAAACACAACGGUUGGGGGGUGAAUGACUGUAAACACUCUGAAGACUUGGGGGUGGUCUGCUCCACUGAGCGCAGGUUGGACCAGACAGCCAGCAGAGGCCACACCACUGCCGCCAGGCCCAAUGGCAGCCCCGCGCCUCAGUGGCAGGGCCUUGUGGCCUCACGUGGGCAUCAAGGACAUGGCUAUUAUGGAAACAGACAUCCACAAGAGACCCCCAAUUUCCAAAGACAACACCACUACCAGGGAAACAGAAAGGUUCAAAUUGAGGAGGUCCGUCUUCGUCCCAUCCUCAUGGCUACCAAAAGGAAGAGCUUGAUCACAGAGGGUGUGUUGGAAGUGAGGCAUGCUGGGAGAUGGAGGCAGGUGUGUGACCUGGGCUGGAGUCUCAACAGCAGCCGGGUGGUGUGCGGGAUGCUCGGCUUUCCAGAAGCUACCAACCACAAUGUCAAAACUUACACGAAAAUAUGGGAUAGCAAGGUUGCAGAUCCCUCAACAAGAUUGAGCCUCAUGGCAAAGAAGAAGGGAUUCUGGGUAGAAAAAGUUCACUGUCUGGGCACAGAAAACUCCCUGUCAGAGUGCCAUGCUCAGCUGUCAAUCCCCCGCAGUCCUUCCCCUUGUAAGAACGGGAGACAUGCAGUGGUCAAGUGCGUACCAGGCCCUCAGUUUGCUCGCAUGUCCUCAGGGAGACCCCAGGCCCCGUAUCCAGUUGUGCCCGUGCGUCUGAAGGCCGGCCCCAGGCUGGGCGAGGGUCGCGUGGAGGUGCUCCGAGACGGAAAAUGGGGAACCAUUGUGGACCACAUGUGGGACAGACCUGCAGCCAGUGUGGUGUGCAGAGAACUGGGCUUUGGCACUGCCAAGGAUGCCCUACACGGAGCCUUUAUGGGUCAAGGUACAGGACCAAUUCACAUGAACAGUGUCCAGUGUAUGGGGUCAGAGCGCUCCAUCCUUGACUGUUACUUCCAGGAAGUCCAACCGUGGACAUUCAAACACAGUCAAGAUGCCUCAGUACGCUGUAACGUGCCUAAAACUGGCAUAGAGAACACGGUAUGUAAGAUUCGCUCUCAUGAGACAUACACUCAUCAGCUUACAAAUCGCCCAUUUAAUCUUUUUAAUCUAAUGGUUUUUCAGGUACGGCUUGCCGGGGGUAGAGUCGCAUCAGAAGGCCGUGUGGAGGUGUUGAUGGAGGUUGGGGGUCGUAAGCGUUGGGGUGCUGUCUGCAGUGAGAACUGGGGCAUCAAUGAAGCCAUGGUGGUGUGCAGACAGCUCGGCCUGGGCUUCGCUGCCAGCGCUCAUCAGGAGACAUGGUACUGGUCUGGUGACCCAAAUGCAGCUGACGUGAUUCUCAGUGGAACUCACUGUGUGGGCACAGAACUUUCAAUUCAACAGUGUCGCCGCAACAACCAUGUCCACUGCCCUCGAGGAGGUGGAAAUAAGGCAGCGGGGGUCAGCUGCUCAGACACGGCACCUGACCUUGUGCUGGAUGCACAGCUGGUCCAGGAGACGGCCUAUCUGGAAGACCGACCCCUCCACCUGCUGACCUGUGCCAAUGAGGAAAACUGUCUGUCCUCAUCUGCUGCCAGGAUGAACUGGCCUUAUGGUCACAGACGGCUGCUGCGCUUCUCCUCCCGCAUCAUGAACCUUGGUCGAUCAGAUUUCAGACCAAAAGCGACAAGAGAGAGCUGGAUAUGGCACCAGUGUCACAGGCACUAUCACAGCAUCGAGGUGUUCACACAUUACGACCUGCUGACUCUGAAUGGCACGAGGAUUGCGGAGGGCCACAAGGCCAGUUUCUGUCUGGAGGACACGUACUGCCCUGAUGGACUCCAGAAGCGGUUCUCCUGCUAUAACAUGGGUGACCAGGGAAUUUCUGUGGGCUGCUGGGAUACGUAUCGUCACGAUAUCGACUGUCAGUGGAUUGAUGUGACGGAUGUACGACCGGGAGACUACAUCUUCCAGGUGGAAGUCAACCCCUCGAUGGACAUGGCAGAGUCUGAUUUUAUGAACAAUGUCAUGAGAUGUCGGUGCAAGUAUGAUGGCCACAGAGCUUACAUGUAUGGAUGUCAUGCAGGUGAUGCUUACAGUGCAGAGAUUGAAGACCUGUUUGAGCACCAGAGGCAAAUCACCAACAACUUUGUGUAGCCCAUCCCAGGGCCCAGUACGAAGGCCUUACAGCGGGGCUCAGAGACUACUCAGGGUGGGCUGAGGUUGAUGUCCUCAGGCCCUCGGAACCUCAGGUUCCCACAAUAACAGAGAACACACAAAAUGGUGCCUGUUCAUCUCCUUGGCUGAUGCGGAUAAAAUAUUCAUAAGUGCAUCAUACCACAGCAGCGAUCAUUGCAGAGACAAGACACAGAGUGGAACAAGUGCUAAACAGCUCAACUUUUUUUUUUUUUUUUUUUUUUUUACUCUAGUAAGUAAGAGGAUUUUAGACAUUGAUUUAAAUUAUACUGAAUUUUAUGAAUGUGGACAUCUAGUAAUUUAUGUUGUUAUUCAAAACAUAUAUGCAAGAAAGACCUUAAUGUUGCUAUAACAAAUCUGUCACAAAGACAACUGGGAAGCCAGAGCUGUAGGGAAAUCUCACUCCCAAGCUAAAAGAUUUAAGAUUUAACUAUAAUUGACUCUGUUGGCAUUAUUUCACCCAAAUUCUUCGCUUUUACUUUACUUUAAUAUUGGUGCUCCUUAACAAUGCUGUACAUUGUUAUAUUAACCUCACUACAAUUCAGGUAAACAGUAUUGUACAAUCUGUUUUGGUUAGAUUUCUCUUACAGUUAAUUAGGUGUGAUUGCAUUGGAUUUAACAAAAUUGUUGUUUUAGAAAAGUGUGGUUUUGCUUCUUAUCUAGAGUAGGUAAGAGGAGGUCAAAUGAUUUUUCAUGAAACAAAGCACUUUAUCUUUUAAACAUCAGUAUUCUGGUUUUUUGCCCCCAUACCUUUUAAAAUUAGCUACCAAAUUGACUUUUUAGGGUGAAAUUAAUACUUUUGUUGUUUUGCAUAUCAGAAAGUGUAUUAUGAGGUUUAUGUUUAGUUUUCAUAUACAAUGUACUAUUUAUGCUGUAGCUUUAUUUAUUAUGAACUUCACACAUACAAAGCCUGUUCAGUAAAGAGUUUGUUAGGUAGCAUUUAAUUAACAGUACGGAAUAUUUUUUUCUUUUUCUUUUUAUUUUUGGCAUAAUUAACUGAGGAGAAAAAAUGAUUUCAUACAGUAGUUCCAGGACGUUAUUAUAACGUUCCCAUGAUGCAGAUGAAUAAUUGUUGAUUUAUUUUAUUUUAGUUAUUAAAACAACUGUAACUGUACAGUUUUCCUCUUCCAGCCACUCUGAUGGGAAGGAAAACCGGCCUGACAAAACCACAGUAUUGUGGUAGGCAGGCAGGCUGGGAUUUGAGAGCAUAUAAAAAGCCUUUUAAUUACAUCUGUUUGGGUUAGACUUAAGGUUACGGUUAAGGUUAGGGCUAUAGCAUGUGCUUUCUAAAGAAACAUUAUGGAAUUGUUACUUAUGGAAUUAGGGAAAAAACGAGAAUAUGGAUUCCCUUUAAGCAAACUUCAAGAAAGAUUGUGAGUUUCUGAGAAGUUUAGUGAGGGAGAGAGCGACUGAUUGAAAGAAAGAAUGAGAAAGUAAGACAGAACGAAGGAAAGGGGUGAAGUUUGGAGAAAGACUUAUGCAGAAGUACAGUUUUACUACCAGAGCUGCCUUUUUUGUAGGCAGCCCUACAGAGACCACAAGCUGGCAUUUUCAGCUCCCCAACGAGAACAACAUGUUUGUCUGGGAGAAAAAAUAAACUUCUCGAUUCAUGCUUCUACACAGUAAACAGUGGUCUUAUUUUUACUAAAGCUGGGCCCACAAAAAUAUACUGUGUCUUCCUACAUUUUCUUUGCUAACCUUUUAGCUCCACACCAAACAAUGAUACAAGUCCAUUUUCUUUACAACAUGGAACUGGUUUUAUCCCAUUAAUGUGUUUGAUGUGUUUGCCUUAUUGUAUGAGUGCUUAAACGUGUUAAGAUGGUUUUCUGGUGGACAGUUUCCAGGACAUGUUGUGGAAAAGACACGUCACUCGUUAAGACGACUGUAGACUUCAUUAAUUGCUUAAGGAGAUUGUGUUCCUCCUCACUGGAACGUCGUGAUUUCAACUGCCCAAAAAAGGCUUAGAAAGAAUCUGUAGCUUUUGUUGUUUGCUGAUGUGCUUUCCUGUUGUUUUGUGCUUGUGUACAGUUACUAUUGACAUAUUACCAUGGUCUGUUUUGUGUGUUAUUUAAAAUGCUAUAUUAUUCCAUAGUUAACGUUGGUUCACAUUCACCACUCUCAUCACAUUACUGUAUUUGGACCCAUGCUGUAGGCUUAGCACUGGGACACUGUUUUCCAUGGCCAGUUAUACUUUUAUUUUAUCUUUAAAGCUGAGAGUGUGAGCUACGUGGUGCUUUUCUACAGUCACAUUCAUAGAAAGCUGUGCUCUCAGGGAUAUUGAACUCAUCUAAAGAAUAAAAAUAACAUUUGAUGUGAUUUAGGUUGCUUUUAGCUGUGAUGCAUACACAACACAAAAUGAACUGAAACUGAGUUCUUUUUCGAGGAAUCGGAUUAUCAGCGCUCUUACAAUCUGUAUCCACUUGUUUAUUCUGCAGGUAAAAAUUUAAGGUAUGAAGGUGAUAAACUUUGUUGUGUUUUUCCUUGAGGAGAGUUAGAAUAACUGUGGAUAGACACUGGCUGAGUCAGAGGCAGAUUUCAGUUACAGAACCAAUCACAAGCCAUUCAUUCAGCAUUACUGUGAAUCAAUAAAACUUUAUCACAUACUAAAACGC